AUGGCUGAAGGUAACAACGCCGUCGCUGAAACCCCUCAAAACAUGACCAUUUACAUCAACAACCUCAACGAAAAAAUCAAAAUCGAAGAGUUGAAGAAGUCUUUGCACGCUGUUUUCAGCCAGUUUGGGAAGAUACUUGAGGUGUUGGCUUUCAAGACACUGAAACAUAAGGGUCAAGCUUGGGUGAUUUUUGAAGAUGUUCCUUCUGCUUCCAAUGCGCUUAGGCAAAUGCAAGGUUUCCCCUUCUAUGAUAAGCCCAUGAGAAUACAGUAUGCCAGGACUAAAUCUGAUAUCAUAGCAAAAGCAGACGGUACUUUUGUUCCUCGUGAAAAACGGAAGAGACACGAUGACAAAGGCAAAAAACGAAAGGACCAAAACGAUGCUAAUUUAGCUGCAAUGGGAAUAAAUCCUGCUUAUUCUGGGGCUUACGGCACAACACCUGCUCUAUCCCAGAUACCUUAUCCAGGCGGUGCAAAAUCCAUGUUACCCGAGGCUCCUGCACCACCAAAUAAUAUUCUCUUUAUUCAGAAUCUUCCCAAUGAGACAACUCCUAUGAUGCUGCAAAUGCUCUUUCUUCAGUAUCCUGGAUUCAAAGAAGUUAGAAUGGUUGAAACAAAGCCGGGAAUUGCCUUUGUGGAAUAUGGGGACGAGAUGCAAUCCACAGUGGCUAUGCAGGCGCUGCAAAGUUUCAAAAUAACCCCACAAAACCCUAUGCUGAUAACUUAUGCAAAGAAAUAG